UGCUAUUGCAUAUUUUAGAAUAAUUUUCAAUAUAGCAUUGCGAGCUUUACAAACUCUUGUAAUUCAAUUAAAUUAUAGCAUUACAGGUUGUAAUUUAUCGAAAUAACAUCAGCAAACUGCAUAUGAAAAGACGGAAUCUUUUACCAUAACAGUCGUACACCCUAUGCGCAUUACAUGUUUCCUUUUCAGAAUUUUCAUAAUAAGAAUUUAAAAAUAUAAGGACCAUUCUUACAAAAUGCAAAGCAGUAACGACUCUCUAUCUGUAUUAGGCCCUACGAUGAGUGGAUCCCCUGCUGUCUUAUUAACACCAGGAAGGACGAGAAACAUAGCUCAAGACAUGGAAGCGCUCAGGUUAUCGCGCCAAGACAAUCCUUAUUUACAGCAGGUAAUGGCGAGUAGAGAGAGUUUAAUUGAAAGCCACAGGGAGGAAUGUGUUUCGGAUGAUACGAUUUUAAUGUCGCAGGAAUUUGGUAGCGCAGCCCUAGAUUUUGUUGAAGAUGAUCCUCUUACACUUAAAGAGGUCCAUGAGCAUAUGAUACGAUCACCACCACCAACUAGCUGUUGGCCACAUGAUACAAUAUCGUACCGCGCAUCGAGCGCGUUCGACUUUGGAGCGGAGAGUCCGGUCUCAUAUAGUGCUUAUUCCGUCAAUUCACAGGAGAAGGAGCUAUUAGGUAGUAGAUCACCACGUCGCGGCACACGGUGCGACGACACGCGGCCACAGAGCGGCAACAGUCGCGCGCGCUCCUCCCGCUCUGUGUCGCCGAGAGCACACGACUUGGCACUGUGUGGACGACCUCUUUCUUUACCCGGCGAGAGUCACCUCCGCGCGGCGUUAAAUAAGAAGCAGAGCAACCAACAAACAGACAAAUUCUCUAUACUCCAACAUCCCAGGCCGUUACGAAGACCGCACGCAAGCCGGCGCGGCGAAGAUAGUGUACAACUAGUACAGGAUUGCGAUAAGUAAGACGGAUUAAAAAGAAAAAAAAAAAGAAA